UCCCACUGAGGGAGGGACCGCGAGUGAGCGGCGACGCGCAGAUAGUUGUGACUCGCGGAGGAAGUGCGGCGGCACUGCCCGGCGGCGCUCUCGGCCCUGUGCCAAGGCUCUGGCGUGCAGCAGGUGGAACUUUGAGCAUCAUGGCUGCUCUACCAUUGGAUGCCCCUCCAAAUGCAAGCUGUAAAAUUAUGACUUUUCGGCCUUCAGUGGAUGAAUUCAGGGAAUUUAACAAGUACUUGGCUUACAUGGAAUCAAAAGGUGCUCAUCGUGCUGGACUAGCAAAGGUGAUUCCUCCUAAGCAGUGGAAGCCAAGAAAACAUUAUGAUGACAUUGAUGAUUUGAUGAUCCCAGCUCCAAUUCAACAGAUGGUCACUGGUCAAUCAGGUCUCUUCACUCAGUACAACAUCCAGAAAAAGGCAAUGACUGUGAAGGAGUUUAGGCAACUUGCUAACAGUGACAAGUAUUGUACUCCAAGGUAUAUAGACUAUGAAGAUUUGGAACGAAAAUACUGGAAGAAUUUAACUUUUGUGGCACCAAUAUAUGGAGCAGAUAUUAAUGGAAGCAUAUAUGAUGAAAAUGUUAAUGAAUGGAAUAUUGCUCAUCUCAAUACUAUUUUGGAUGUUGUAGAAGAAGACUGUGGAAUUUCCAUUGAGGGAGUCAACACUCCAUAUCUAUACUUCGGCAUGUGGAAAACAACAUUUGCAUGGCACACUGAAGAUAUGGAUCUCUAUAGUAUUAAUUAUCUUCACUUUGGAGAACCAAAAUCAUGGUAUGCUAUUCCUCCAGAACACGGAAAGCGACUUGAACGGCUAGCUCAAGGAUUCUUUCCAAGCAGUUCUCAAGGAUGUGAUGCCUUUCUGCGCCAUAAGAUGACAUUAAUUUCUCCCUCGAUUUUGAAAAAAUAUGGAAUUCCCUUUAACAAAAUCACACAGGAGGCAGGAGAAUUUAUGAUCACUUUCCCUUAUGGAUACCAUGCAGGAUUUAACCAUGGUUUCAACUGUGCAGAGUCAACGAACUUUGCAACAAUCAGAUGGAUUGACUAUGGAAAAGUAGCUAAAUUGUGUACCUGUAGGAAAGAUAUGGUAACUAUAUCAAUGGAUAUCUUUGUGAAGAAAUUCCAGCCUGACAGAUACCAGCUGUGGAAACAAGGAAAAGAUUUAUACACCAUCGAUCAUACAAAACCCACCCCUGAAACAACACCUGAGGUAAAGGCCUGGUGGCAAAGAAGAAGGAAAACAAAGAGAUCAUCCAGCUUCCAGCGUACCCGAUCACAAUCAAAAAAGCUUAAAACUCCAGAGGACAAGAAGGUAUCAGCCAUAGUGGUUGGUACAGAAAUCACAGCCACUGAAGUAGCUACAGAUCGCUUCAAGGUCAAUGAACAGCCAUCAGAAAAAAUAAAGCCAGUAAACACAGAUGUACCUUCUGGAGUAGAACAAGACACAAGCAGGAUGCAGAUGGAUCAGAAUUUAUUGGAUAGCAAAAAGGUCUCAGCUCACCACUCUUUCAGCUCACAUCCUAACCAUGAUCCUGUAAUGAAAAAAGUACAAACUGAAGAUGAAAAGAAAGAAAACUCUGCAUUUGUUCAGUUUUGUCCUGAGGAAUCUGCAUUGGCUUUGCUUUCAUCUGCUAGCUGUAACCAGGAAGGAUAUUUAAAAUCUUCAGUUUCUUCAAGGCCAGCUGUAGUGUAUACUUCUUCUGAAGCUGAGAGUUUGGAGAAAGAAGAAACUAGCAGUGUGUCUACAGAGGAUGAUGUGACCAGUGACCUCGAAAGCAGUGAAAGUGGCUUGGAACCUGGAGAAAUAAUAAAUGAAGGAGAAAGAACAAAAACAUCUAAAAGUUGGAGACAUCCACUAAACAAACCACCAACCCGGUCUCCUAUGACGUUGGUUAAACAGCAGGCAACAAGUGACGAAGAACUCCCGGAGGCUCUCUUAAAUGAAGAAGAAAUACAAGAAACAGAAUCCUGGGCCAAACCUCUUGUCUACCUUUGGCAGAACAGAACACCAAAUUUUGCGGCUGAAAAAGAGUACAAUACAGCUGUUGCCAAACUGGACCCACACUGUGCCAUAUGCACACUCCUCAAGCCUUACUACAAGGCUGACAAAUCUAAUGAAGAAAACUAUACUUACUCAGAAACAAAACAAAGAGAAAUGUGUGUGGCCAAGGAAAAGACAAAACCACUUAUUCCAGAGAUAUGUUUUAUUUAUAGUGAGGAGAACACCGAAAACUAUCCAUCAAAUGGCUUUAUUGAAGAAGAUGGAACAAGUCAGCUGAUUUCCUGUGUGACGUGUUGUGUACAAGUUCAUGCAAGUUGUUACGGUGUUCCUUCUCAUGAAAGUCAUGACGGAUGGCUGUGUUCUCGGUGUAAAAGAGGAGCCUGGGCAGCUGAAUGUUGCCUCUGUAAUUUGAGAGGUGGAGCACUCAAGCAAACUACUGACAAAAAGUGGGCUCAUGUCAUGUGUGCAAUUGCUAUUCCAGAAGUCAGAUUUGGUAACGUCACAGAAAGAACACCAGUAGACACAAGCAGGAUACCUUUGCAGAGGUUAAAACUGAAAUGUAUCUUCUGUCGACAAAGGAUUAAGAAAACAUCUGGUGCCUGCAUCCAGUGUUCCUAUGGACGUUGUCCCGCAUCUUUUCAUGUUACAUGUGCUCAUGCUGCAGGGGUGCUGAUGGAACCAGAUGACUGGCCUUAUGUUGUCUACAUCACAUGUUUCAGGCACAAAAUGCAUCAAAAUGUGAAGAGUAAAGCACUUGAAAAAGCAGUUUCAGCUGGACAAACUGUCAUAGCAAAACACAGGAACACCCGAUACUACAGCUGCAGAGUAAUAGGUGUUACGUCUCAAGCUUUCUAUGAAGUCGUGUUUGAUGAUGGUUCCUUUAGCCGUGACACUUUCCCUGAAGACAUUGUGAGUAGAGAUUGCCUGAAGCUGGGCCCACCUGCAGAGGGAGAAGUUGUUCAAGUGAAGUGGCCUGAUGGAAAACUUUAUGGUGCAAAAUAUCUGGGAACCAAUGUGGCUUACAUGUAUCAGGUUGAAUUUGAAGAUGGUUCUCAGAUUGCAACGAAGAGAGAAGAAAUCUACACUCUAGAUGAAGAGCUGCCUAAAAGAGUGAGAGCCCGAUUUUCUACAGCAUCUGAUAUGAGGUUUGAAGACACAUUCUAUGGAGCAGAUAUUAUCCAGGGAGAAAAGAAGAGACAACGGGUGCUGAGUUCCAGAUUUAAGAAUGAAUAUGUAGACGACCCUGGGUACCGCUCCUUCUUGAAAAGCUCAUUCCAGAAGAAGUGCCAGAAGAGACUAUAAGGAAAAAAUGAACUCAUGAGUAGCUUACCUGCUCGCUUUCUUUCUGUGUAUGAGCAGGGUGUUAAAUGUGGGCUAACUCCCCCUUCCAAAACCCAGAUGUUGUCAUUAGUUCAAAGAUUUACCUUCGUUAAGUCAGACUUCUGGUUGAAAUACUUCUUGAGUGUACCAAAAAUUCUACUUAGAAAUAUUUCAGAUACAUAGAUCUGUGCUUCUAAACUUCAGGGCCCCGCUUGGGGGUUUUCUAAUAUUUUAAAAGCCAAACAUUUGAUUUGCACCAAGGACUGGAGAAUGCCAUAUUAGGAAUAAGAGGCCUUGCCGAGAUGAUUAUGUACCUACAACAGGAUAUAUCAGUGGGGGGACCAGUCAUACCUCCACAGAUAUCAGUAGCAAGGUUCCAUAGACAAAUAUUAAGAGAAAAAUCAGGCUAAGAUGUAUCAUUACCUGUCUAGACGGGGAUCUUUUUUCUUCCUCCAAAGGCUAGGAAUUUCAAUGGCGUGUUUAUUUCCUGCAGAUAGAGAAGGGGGUUCCACAUUUUUUGCUAUGAGACAGUCCCUUUUUUAAAAAAAACUUAAAAAAAAUCUUUUCUAAAACAAAAGAAGCUAUCAAUGGCACUGAGAUAGGCACGGGCUAUACUGUCAUAACUUUGUACACAUUGUCCACAUUGUUUAUGCUUCCACUGCAUUCUGUACUUUCUGGUCAGAACUUAGUUGUUGAAAUAAGAUGGCGGUGGGGAGGUUGUGUGCAUUGCUUCUACAGAAGACAAUCUUCAAAAAAGGAAAGCAAGGGUGUAUAUUUAAAGAGGUUUUUGGCACCUAUUUUCUAAAAAAAAAUUCAUGAUACUCUUGGAGGGAAGCAAUUUGUACAAUAAAAAGUCUUUCAUCGUGUUUGUAAAAUUAGAGUUUGCAGAUCUUUGCUUGGCAGGCUAGUUUUGAACUAAUGUAAUAUAGUAAUAUAAUAUGGUCUUCCCUUUUUAAAUAAUAGUCUGCAAAUGUAAUGAUAAUUUGAAAUAAAUAAACAAUGUUCCUUUGCUUAAUAAUUGUGGGGCGUGGCACUAAUUACAUAUCUAGCCUAUACGGACAAACAAACAAUUUCCUUCAGUCUAGAUGUUUAGGCCCCAAUGUCUUGUUGGGCAUUUGUGUUAACUCCUGCAGGUUCCUUUAACUGCUAUCUCAUUUAAAUUAUAUUGCCAGUGUAAAGCAUUACCUUAUUGACACACCAGCACAAUGUACAUGUGGAGGUCUGACAUGCUUCUUUGUAGGCAUAGGUACCAGCCAUACAGUUCAAACAUGAUGCCCAUUAUGUGGAACUCUGCACAGGAAGUAUUUUUUUAACAUACACAGUGCCAUGUUUAAACCUGGCUUUGAUUCAGAUGUAAUCAUUGCUAGUUGCUGAAUCAUAGUAUCCUAUCUUUUCAUUUUUCCUUUCCCUCGUAAUGUUACACUUGUCAGCUGGUAGAGGCAACUGCAGAAUAUAUUUCAGUGUUUUACGACACAACUAGCAAGAGGUGUUUGGGGUAUAUG